UGGUCUGCAAGAGAUGUUUGAAGAACAUCAGAUUAAUCUGAGGAGCAGAAAUGAACAUGUUUCUGAAGGAACUGAAGAAACAGGAAGAGAAACGCUCCUCAAUGAGGUCUACACUGAGCUCUACAUCACAGAGGAGCUGAGACAAGAGGCUAACACCCAACAUGAGGUGAUGCAGCUGGAGACAACCACCAAGACCAACAAACUUCAUGACACUGCAAUCAAGAACCCAGACAUCUUCAAAGUCUUCCCUGACCAACACAGAUCCAUCAGAGUGGUUCUGACCAGCGGAGUUGCUGGAGCUGGAAAAAGCUUCUCAGUGCAGAAGUUCACUCUGGACUGGGCCGAGGGCUUGGAGAACCAAGACAUCAGUGCUGUGGUUCCUCUUUCCUUCAGGGAGAUGAACUUGAUCAGAGAUGAGCAGCACAGUCUUCUCACUCUGAUCCAGCUGUUCCAUCCAACACUCCAGAAGAUCACAGCAGAGCAGCUGUCUAUCUGUAAACUUCUGUUCAUCUUUGAUGGUCUGGAUGAAAGCAGACUUUCUCUGGACUUCAACAAGAGUCCGGUGGUGUCUGAUGUCACCCAGAAGUCCUCAGUCAACGUGCUGCUCACUAACCUCAUCCAGGGACGUCUACUUCCCUCAGCUCUGGUCUGGAUCACUUCCAGACCUGCAGCAGCCAAUCAGAUCCCUCCUUCAUGUGUGGACAGACUGACAGAAGUACGAGGCUUCAAUGAUGCUCAGAAGGAGGAGUACUUCAGGAGGAGAUUCCCAGAUGAAGAGCUGUCCAGCAGAAUCAUCUCCCACAUCAAGAGCUCCAUGUCCCUCUACAUCAUGUGUGAAGUUCCAGUUUUCUGCUGUAUCACUGCUGUGGUUCUGGAGAACAUGCUGACCACAGAGCAGAGAGGAGAGCUGCCCACCACUCUGACUGACAUGUAUUCACACUUCCUGAUGGUCCAGACAAAGAGGAAGAAGAACAAGUACCAGCAGGAACAUCAGACAAGUCCACAAGAGCUGACAGAGACUGACAGAGAAGUUCUUCUGAAGCUGGGGAGGCUGGCAUUUGAACAUCUGGAGAAAGGAAACAUCAUGUUCUACCAAGAAGACCUGCAGCAGUGUGGUCUGGAUGUCACAGAGGCCUCAGUGUACUCUGGAGUUUGUACUGAGAUCUUCAGAAGAGAGUGUGAGAUCUUCCAGAAACCGGUCUACAGCUUUGUUCAUCUGAGUGUUCAGGAGUUUCUGGCUGCAGUCUACAUGUUCCACUGUUACUCCUACAGGAAGGUUAAGGUUGUUGAGGACUUUCUGAAGAACUACAACAAGAACCCAUCUUUGGAGAACUUCUUUUUCCUGAAGGACUUUCUAUUAGAAGACUCUUUGGAUAAUCAAUAUCAAGUUCAGGAAAACUACACGAACAUCUCAUCCCUGGAUGAGUUUUUGAACAGUGUCAUGGAGAAAUCUCUGCAGAGUAAAACUGGACAUUUGGACCUGCUUGUUCGCUUCCUUCAUGGUCUCUCUGUGGAGUCCAGCCAGAGAUUUUUAGGAAGUCUGCUUAAUGAGGCAAAGAGCAGUCUUGAAUCCAUGGAUAAAAUUGUCAACAACCUAAAGAAGAACAACAGCAAUGAUUAUGAGAUUUUUGUUGAGGACAAAUGUAAAGUCUCUCCUGACAGAAGCAUCAACAUCUAUCACUGCUUGAUGGAGAUGAAGGACCUCUCAAUUAAUCAGGAGAUCCAAGAGUUCCUGAAGUCAGAAAACAAAUCAGAUAAGAAAAUCUCAGAGAUCCACUGUUCAGCUCUGGCCUACACUCUGCAGAUGUCAGAAGAGAUUCUGGAUGAGCUGGACCUGAACCAGUACCACACAUCCGAUGAGGGUACACGGAGACUGAUCCCAGCUGUGAGGAAUUGCAGAAAGUUCAGACUUCCACCAAAAUGUGAACUUUCAGAGACUGACUGUGAAGUUGUGGCCUCAGCCCUGAAGUCAAACCCAUCCCAUCUCACAGAACUGGACUUGUGUAGGAGCAACUUGCAGGAUUCAUCCAUGAAGGUUCUGUGUUCUGCACUGGAGAGUCCAAACUGCAGACUGCACACUCUGAGGUUGGUGAGUUGCAGUUUGUCAGAGAUCAGCUGUGAAGCUCUGUGUAAAACUCUGAAGAAGAAACCAUCCAAUCUGACAGAACUGGACCUGAGUGGCAACCAUAACCUACAGGGCUCAGGAUUUCUUCAUCUAUGUGGUUUUCUGGAGAGUCCAGACUGCAGACUGCAGACUCUGAGGUUGAUGGGUUGCAGUAUGUCAGAAAAGAACUGUGAAGCUCUGGGCGCAGCACUUAAGUCCAACCCGUCCAAUUUGACACACCUGGAACUGAGUGGGAACAAAAACCUGCAGAAUUCAGGAGCUCUUCAUCUGUGUGGUUUUCUGGGGAGUCCAGACUGCAGACUGCAAUCUCUGAGAUUGAGAUGCUGGAAUCUGUCAAAAACCAGUUGUGCUGCUCUGGGUUCAGCUCUGAAGUCCAACCCGUCACAUCUGACAGAUCUGGACCUGAGUUGGAACAACAACCUUCAUGAUUCAGGAUUUCUUCAUCUGCGUGGUUUUCUGGAGAAUCCAGACUGCAGACUACAGGCUCUGAGGUUGAUGAGCUGCAGUUUGUCAGAGGUUGACUGUGCUGCUCUGGUCUCAGUUCUAAAGUCCAACCCUUCCCACCUGACAGAACUGAAUCUGUCCAUCAACAUGGACCUUCGUGAUCCAGGAGUUCUUCAUCUCUGUAGUUUUCUGGAGAAUCCAAACUGCAGACUGCAGACUCUGAGGUUGAUGAACUGCAGUUUGUCAAAGAUGAGCGGUGAUGCUCUGGUCGCAGCUCUGAAUUUGAACCCGUCCCACCUGACAGAACUGGACCUGAGAGGGAACAACCUUCAGUCUUCAGAUGUUCAGCAGCUCCAGGAUCUGGUGGAGAGUCCAAACUUCAAACUGCAGACACUGAGGAGAUAGUUCUGCUGAGUCUGAUGUUCUCCCUGGUGGACCAAUAAAACAGAGGAAGUGUACAGGGUCUAACAAUAAACUAAAGGUGUCCAUUUGCUUA